GCCGUUAUUUAGACGCCCUCUGUGACAACUCGCUCACGUCAUCUCAUCACCGCAGUGGCUGCAGUGCGCACGCACGCGCACGGGAACGACUGCGCAAGGCAGCCGGCUCUGGCUCAUCGUGAUCGCACGCGCAUUGGGGAUUGGAUGCAGCCAUCAUCAUCAUCACCCCCCCCUCCUCCUCUGAUACGAUUCCCAAUAAGAGGCGGCUGGCUACUCUAUAAAUAGAGCAGCUUCGUCCUGUUUAUUUCUAUUGACAAAUCUGGGCUGUAGCAGCAGCAGCAGCAAAAUCCACAACAACAUUCACAACAUCAGCAACAACAGCCACAUCAACAGCAGCAGCAUGUGUCCCAUCAUCGGCUACCUCCUCGUGUGUCUGCUCUGCACUGCGGCUGUCCGUGGUGAGGAGCCGUGUGAUCCAAACCCGUGCGACAACGGUGGGACGUGCCAGCUGGACUCCACGAAAGACAGCGUCACCUUCGCGUACCUGUGCAUCUGCCCCGAAAAUUUUACCGGGCCAAAUUGCUCCGUUUCCAGUAAAGAAAAUGGAAAUCCUCCGGAGGCGUCGGGCUCGGAUCUGCCAGAUCUGCCAGGUCCCUGCUCGCCAAAUCCGUGCCACAACUCCGGGGAGUGUCGCAUCAGCCUGGCUCCGAGGGGCGACGCCUUCGCCGAUUACACGUGCGAGUGCCCGCGCGGAUUCGAUGGCAUUCACUGUCAACACAACAUCAACGAGUGCUCGCUGAGCCCGUGCCAGAACGGGGGCAUCUGCACGGACCUGGACGCCGACUACUCCUGCGAGUGCAGCGGCGAGUUCAUGGGCAAGGACUGUCACCUGCGCUGUUGGUCUCCGCUGGGCCUGGAAGGAGGAGACAUCCGUGACGAUCAAAUCACGGCGUCGUCGCUGCUCGUCGCGGUCAUGGGCCUGCAGCGGUGGCUGCCCUCCCUGGCGCGCCUCAACCGCGCCGGCAUCGUCAACGCGUGGACGCCCGCGCAGAGGGACUCGCAGCCCUGGAUACAGGUGAACCUGGGGAGGCGGCUGCGCGUGGCGGGCGUGGUGACGCAGGGCGCGAGCCGCUUCGGCAGCGCCGAGUACGUGCGCACGUUCAAGCUGGCGCACAGCAGCGACGGGCGCAACUGGACGGUGUACCGGGACGCGGCGACGGGCCGAGACAAGGUGUUCCUGGGGAACCAGGACAACGGCUCCCCGCGCUCCAACACGCUCAGCCCCCCGAUCGUGGCCUCGCUCGUCCGCCUCAUGCCGCUGACGUGCCGCAGACGCUGCACACUGCGCAUGGAGCUGCUGGGCUGCGAGACCAACGGCUGCUCCGAGCCGCUGGGCUUGAAGUCGGGGCUCAUUGGCGACACGCAGAUCUCGGCGUCGAGCGUCUUCCAGACCCUGGGGCUGCCCUGCUGGACGUGGGAGCCGCACCUGGCGCGCCUCAACCGCCAGGGCCGCAUCAACGCCUGGUCGGCCGCCAAGGGGGACCCCAACCAGUGGCUGCAGAUCGACCUGGGCGAGGGUCGCAAGAUCACGGGCAUCGUGACCCAGGGAGCUCGCGACCUGGGCCACAUGCAGUUCGUGCGCUCGUACCGCGUGGCGUCCAGCGAGGACGGCGCCGCGUGGACCGUCUACAAGGACGACCAGACGCGGCGGGACAAGAUCUUUGCUGGAAAUUACGACAACAACAGUCACAAGAAGAACAUGUUCAACCCGCCCAUAAUCGCGCGCUACGUGCGAGUGCUCCCCUACUCGUGGUACCGGCGCAUCACCUUGCGGGUGGAGCUCAUCGGCUGCGACUUCUGACGCGGCGACGCAGCAGCAGCCGCCGCACGGCGUUCCCAUCCCAUUCGUUCAUCCGCACGCGCGUUCACCCGCGUGGUCUCAAGUCCGACACGUUGAAGUUCGCCCGCCGCGUGCGAGCGCUGCGCGGUGGGCGAAUUGGACAAGGCGAGAGGGUUAGGGCGGGGCGAAGCGUUGGGGGGUUCAGACGACGACGAUGACGACGACGGUGAUGGUGAGGCUGGGAUCACGUUGGGAUCGGCCCUCGUGGUCACGCGAACGUAAAGUUGGUUUGGAAAUGUUAUCGGUAGAUUUCGGAUAAGCGGUGAGCUUUUGAUAACACUGAUGUAAGGAUUGGGGUUAUGUUUGCAUUGGAGUAACUAACGUAAGUGUUAGGAUUUGAAGAGAGAAAACAUUGAAUUGGUAUGUUAAGUGGCCAAGAUGAGAGUUAUGAUUUAAGAUGAGUGUUGUGAUUUUAAACAGGAGGCGUCUUUAGUUUAUAUGAGACUAUGGGUCAUAAACACACUUCUGGUAUUUGAGUAACAUCUGAGCAAGCGCAAGUGAAACGCAAUGCAACAAACGUGGACGCGAAUACAGUGAGUGUAUAGAGUUGUCGCCCAUUAUUAAACGAUUUAUAUAUGAACAGCGGUCUGGAUUGCGCGAGUGACAUUUGUUUUUUUUUUUAUACCCCUUGCGUACGCAUCUCUCCUUCAUCCUGAAAUCUCGAGACAUCUUCAAUGGUGCAGAGGGCAGAGUCGUUCGAAACGAUCGCAGCGGCGAUUUGGCUGAGCACCUGCGAGUCUCGAAUCUCCACGCGAGACGCACGGAGGUUUAGAGGGAUGAGACUCGUGCGAUGGAAUCCUCUGUGUGCACGUGUGUGCACGUGUGUGUGUGUGAAGGUGGGGAACAGUAGCGUAGCGGUUAGCGCGCUACGCUACGAACCUGGCGACCCGAGUUCGAUUCCCGCUCACGACCAACACCAGUGACGAUUAUCUGAACUGGUCCUGGGCCUCCCCUCGGUCGACUCAGCCUCAAAUUAGUACCUGGUGCGAUGCCUAAAAAUGUUGCCACAAGGGAGACAAAGGCGGCCGGGCGUGGUUCUGGCCACCCACCCCCUCGUGUGCCAUGUCGGCCUGCAUAAGUGCUCCCUAACAGCACUUGCCCCACCAGUCUGUUAAGGCUAUGCGGGGGAUCUUUGUAUUUGUUGUCUUUGAAGGGGAGUGGUCGUGUCAUGGUUAGUGCACUGUGCUUCGAACCUGGCGACCCGGGUUCGAUUCCCGCUCGCAUCCAACAUCGGUGACAAAUAUCUGAAUUGAUCCUGGGCCUUCCCUCGUGCACCGUGCAGCCUUUCAUCGAUGCUGGUCAACAGCGUUUGUCGGCUAUACGGUGGAUCUUCGUAUUAGUGGGUCAAACAGCUGUUUCAUCAUAACGUUGUAAUAAUGGAUGAUUGCUGGGUGGGCACUGUGUAGUGCAACAUAACGCACCUGAGACCAUAACAGCAGCCGAAUGCGUUGGAAUGCUCCGGAGCGUAGAUUGCUAGCCCAUGGUAAAUCCAUCACCGCAGUGGAAAGCGUGAAACCUAUUCCCCCAGGAUGUUGUUGCAAUGAGUAGCACGGCCACCUGGCACAAUGCGCUCGAUUGAAGCGGUCGCAACGUCUCGCUGCUCGAUUGAGUGCGUGUGGGACGGGUUCGAUGUGCCCCACUCUCGACAGGUCUGAGCCCGCGUCAACAUUCCCCAUGUGGCCAGUGCCGGAUUAUCCUCACAGCAAAAGUAUCUACAAAUGUAGUAACUACACAUGUAGUAGCUACUACAUAUUUAGUAGCUACGGGCCCCGCAUUGUCAAGGGCCCCUUGCUAACAACUUUCAAGAUAUCGGUUCCGGUUCAGUGAUCCUGCACUUGCUCUAUUGCUAUAGUACUAUACCGCCUUCAACUUUUAUGAACGACUGGGUGUUUAAGUUUAGCGAUUUGUCGUAUUAUCUAACUGUAUAGCAAAUAAAAAAAUACAAUUACUUUACUGUGCAAGUUAAAAAUUCGUGUUUUAAUAUUUACGUGUUUUUUUUAUUUAGGGCCCCUUUAUAACAUCAUGCUACAGGCCCCGCACUAGCUUAAUCCGGCACUGCACGUGGCCAGACAGCUUACAAACGGCCGAACCGAAGUGCUGUGGCACCUUGGCAUCUGUUUUGAAACGACCGCAAGGUUGGCAGGCCGUUGACCCCGUGUGUGACCCCGCGUGUGACCCUUGUCGCGAGACGUCGUGUUGGCCCGCUUCACUCGCUGCACGCCACCGCUCGCAUCACGAUGUGCCUAUUUUCUUUUUUUUUUACUUUUCAUUUGUACCAAAAGAGUUGGGUCUUUGCGGUUCAUUGAGCGCUCCAGUACCGAGCGGUUCUUAAAAGUCUUAGUUCUUGAGUGUUUUUUGUCUGCUGGCCAAGUCGUCCUUGACGAAAGAGCUGUCCAUCUCAAUUGGCUUACUCGGGAAAUAACCUUCUGGACUUCUUGCCCGCAUAUUCGAAAAGCUAUCGAGCGUACUGCAUAUUUAUUGUGAAGUCGUGUAUGCUUAAUGUCACACCGGCGUGUUCAUUCGUAUGUCGUAAUGCGCUACUUGUAAAACGUGAAAGUGCCCAGCUUUGUUCGUAAGGGCAUUUUUGGGGAUUGCAACAGAUCGCAAAUUGACGUCGAGAUUUGGUAUCCAUUCGACUGCUUCAGAUGUCGCCCAGCAGUCACAAACUGCUUUGUGUCCGCCUUAGAUUUGUGAUUCUCAGUCUUAUGUGUGUGGGCCCCCUGAUCAAAACCACGGAUCUGCCCCUCCCCCCCCCACAGGUUACUGAGGCCAGAGUACACAGAGUGUACAUGUCUGCAUGCCUCUCGUCAACGUGGCGUUCGUAAGGCUCUCGUUUCACGGUUUGUUUAGGUGUGUGUUUGUCAGCGUAGUGCGGCGAUGACAUUCCCCCCCGCACGCAUUAAACUAUUUUCCUGCACGGUAACCAUGCCGCAGCCUGCGUCUCAAUGGGCCUUAGAUUGUACCGGGUGCUCCAGAUGUCUUGUGACCGACCCCCGAUUAAUUGACCCAUCACAUUUUUUUCACCCUUUGCACAUUCAUCUCUAUUCUUGGUUCUUUCGGUAAAGUCACGUAUAAGGGAAAUAAUAAAAUCUUGCUGUGGUUUUCACACCUGAUGAUGAUUGCUUGUGUUGCAAUCGAAACGUCGUGAGAAUUUUCUUGUUUUAUUUUUAUUAUGUAUUAUUUCUCUUCUAGGUGACUUUACCAAAAGAACCAAGAAUAUGAAUCCCUACAGUCACGAAAGCUUUAAAUCGAAAAUUAAAACAUUCACCUCUGUUUUAAAUCAACUUUUUUAAGUUUUAAAAAUUGAAAGGGGGGGGGGGGUCACGAGACAUCUGGACCACACCCCUGUAGGAGUGCAAUCUGGAUUGGUUGUCACCAACUACAAAGAGAUCAAAAGCGCCCCCCCUUCCUCUAUCCCAAGUCUCGGUGCCCCAACAGUAACCCUGAGCAUCAUGGGACCGCUCUUGCCAGUAUCAAAAUAGAAGAAUUGGUUUUACCCUUUUCUGGCAAUAAAACUGUUGUGUUAAGAUGUUAAAACACCAAUCGGACACCUUUUGCAAUAAAUCACGUCCGCACUAACCACACGUCAUCCUUGUGGUGAACAUGCAAACAGAAACAUGCUCUGGUAACAAUAUGCAUCGUCUCUGGUCUGGACCAAUCCAUUACGACUUCAGCCCGCCGGUGUGUUGGAGAGUACAUCCACAACAUCGACAACUUGAGUAGUACGACGUUUCGCUGGUAAUUACAUGCAGCAUCGUCGGGUGGUGUGUCAGAAUAGUGAAGCAACCCACUGCUUCUGGGCUUAAAUAGAGCCACGUGGUAUUUUCUUUAAGUGUUGCUCAUAAUGCUUUGACGAAUUGUGUGACGCUCCCCAUAGUUUUAACCACUUAGACAUAUUUAGCCCAUUGCGUUUUAAACAAUAAUAAUAAUGAUGAUUCAAUAAUGAUUCGCUGAUGUCCGUAGAGCAAAACACCCAGAUGCCGGUACGAAAUGCAUGCUCCUGUGGAUAGAAAUGUCGCUAAGAACCCACACUGCUUUGGCCGUUCACGACGCGUCCAUUAAUGCGUCUACCGCGUGCCGUAAGCUUUAUCAACUUUUACCGUGAAGUGAAAUUAGAACGCUUCACCAUAUGUUGCAUUGUCAAUGUCCACUUUUUUUAUUACGUUGAUAAAAGUUACGUAGAAGCGCGCGUUGUGUUAGGCGUUCGCCAUAUUGAUUUCCACCCCGUGUAAUUCACCGUAGCGAUGAUCGAUUAUUGAUUGCCAGCGCAGUUUGUUUCGCCACAACCCUGAACCGUAACGCACCCCGCUGUGACGUUUGAACGAGCUGCAAUAAACAUCUGUGAUCCAU